AUGAAAGAGAAAGGCAUGCCUAUAUUUGUAUAUAAUAUCGACAAAACAUCUAACAAAUUCUCAGAACGAAUAAAAGAUAAUAAGUAUUCACCAGAUGCCCCAUUCAGAUUACUGAAAUGUGGAGGCUUCCAUAGCAGAAAAACUAACAUGGUUAUAAAUCUUAUGCUUGGUAACAAACUACAACAUAUGUUCAAAGGGAAAAAAGACGACAUUUAUAGAAUCGUGCGACAAUAUACAAAUAAUCUGAAAAAAGCAUCCAAAAUUAUUGAUAAACAUUUGCGGAAUCAAGAUUUCAUAGUCUUUGACUUUACUAAGGCAGUUGAUGAUUCUCUCACAAUUAGAUUGAGUUGGGACUCACCAUUGAAAUUAGAUAAAUAG